GUCAGGUCCGCCCGGAGUGGGGCGGGACUUUACGUGCCGCUUGGGGUCUGCGCUGCGACCAACAGCUGUCUGCUGGAAGGUGGCUCUGCUUUGAGACGUGGGCUCGCUCCAUCAGGGCCAGAAAGAUGGAUGAGAAUAUUGCCGAGUUUCUCCGGAGGAGCAUCUUGAAAAUCCCCUUGCAUGCGAUAAAGACCAUCCUAAAAACCUGGGACUUUCUGUCUGAAGACCAACUGGAGACCAUAAACUUGCGGCAGAGAAAGGAAUCUCUGACCCAGGAAAUAAUUCUGCUAUGUGAGGGGAAGAAUGCAAAUCUUGAUGACAUGGCCCUCUUAGACAUCGUGUAUACUCAAGUUCAUCGGCACAAGAAGCUCUGGGAUGUCUUUCAGAUGAGUAAAGAACCAGGUGACGAUGUCGACCUUUUUGACAUGAAACAGUUCCAAACUUCCUUUAAGAAAAUUCUUCAGAGAGCAUUAAAAAAUGUUGCAGUCAACUUCAGAGUCGACCAGAAGAAUGCUGUGUGGAUUCGGGUUGCCUGGGGAACACAACAUUCACAACCAAAUCAGUACAAACCCACUUUUGUGGUGUACUAUCCCCAGACUCCAUAUGUCUUCAUUUCUACCUGCCCUCUGAAGAGCACUGUACCCCUUCUCCAUCAGGCCCUGAAGGUUGCAAGCAAACACCAUCAGAUCGUGCACCUGAAUCUGAGAAGCCGGCACCUGGACUCGCUCAAGGCUAUCGUUUUUAGAGAGUAUAAUCAGACCUUUGACAGCCACAACACUACAGUGCCUCUGCAGGAAGGAAGCUUUGGACUAGACAUGAAUUUGGAUUCAAACAUCAUUCUUGAAAACACAGAAGAAAAAGAAAGAAUCCAAAGAGUCACUCAGGACACGUUUGGCGCCUACCCCCAGCCACAGCUGGAAUUUGCACAGUAUAAGCUGGAGACCAGAUUCAAGAGUGACAUAAGUGGCGGCAUCUUGGCUGACAGGAAAGAACCCCUCCGGUGCCUUAUAAAGUUCUCAAGCCCACACCUUUUGGAAGCAUUGAAAUCCUUAGCGCCCGCCGGUAUAGCAGAUGCACCGCUUUCUCCACUGCUCACCUGUAUACCAAGCAAGAAAAUGAAUUAUUUUAAAAUUAGAGAUAAAUGAGAUACAUGUGGCUUUGCUCGUAUUGCACAUGGAAUCCCAGUUGUAGCCACCUGGCUUCUGUCUAGACUCCUGUGUUUUAGAAAUCAAUCCUUGGCAUUGGGACUAAAUAUGUCCUCCCUAUGUGCUCUUGCAUUCUUGCGCCUCUGGCCGACUAAUUACUGCAGCUGUGGGCAUCUGAGAAGGAUACCUCUGGCUGCUCAUCAGGUCUUGGGCCAGCUGCAUAAAGGUAUAAAAGGCUUUAGCUGAGGGGGGGAAAUAAAAGCUGCUGCUCUUCCACCUGAAAA